AUGGGGCAGCCCCGCCGGGCGCCGCCUCCCCGCCGGCCGCGGCUGCGGGGGGCCGGGGGCCGCCGCCGCGCGUGUGCGGGUGUGUGCGCGGUGUGUGUGUGUGUGCGCCUGCCCGACUGUGUGCCCCGCCGCCCCUCGCCGCGGCCGCGGAGCGGCGGCGCGGACCGCCGGGGGGCGGGGGAAGCCCCGCCGCCGCCGCGGCCCCGCCGCCCCUCGCCGCGGGAAAGGGAAGGGGCAGGCGCCGCUCGCCGCUCCCCGCCCCCGCCGCGGAGUUUGCGCGGGAGCGGGGCUGCCCGCAGACUGCUGACUAAUCCCCCGGCCCCGGCACGCGGCACGGGCGCGGAAAGUCCUCCGCGGCGCCCCCGCCCUCCGCCCAGGGGCGCGGGGCCACGCCGGGCGCCGCCUAGCACGGGGCGGCGGGGCGCAACGCGGCGCCUCCCGCCGGGGCCACCCCGCGGGCCGCGCUCGGGACGCCGCGGCGCGCCCCGCCCCGCCCGGCUGCCGCCCGGCUCCGCCCGCCGCCGGCCCCGCCGCACCGACACAUCCCCGCCCCACCCAGGCCGCCGCCCCCGGGCUGCCCGUGUCGCGCGGGCUGCCCGCUCCCCCGACGGACGGAGCGGUCGCCCCCCGGUGGAGCGGGGGCUGGGUGUGUUUCGUGGGGCACUCUGGCUCGGGAACCCGCCGCCGAAAACUGCCUGGGCGCUGUCCCCCGGCGGUUGGGGCGGGCGGCGACCCGGGCUGUCCGACGGCGCGUCCCGCGGUCUCAGCGCGCAACCCGCCGCGACUGCUCCGCCAGCGCGGCACAGCCCGCCGGCACCGCGCGGCCCGAGUGGGCAUGUGCGAGCCGCGCCGCACAUGCCCAUUAGGGAAGCUGGGCGCCGGCGGCGAGGUUGCCCCUAUCUACCCCGCGGUCCGCUGCCGCCCGACACCGUCCUCGGAGCCGCCCCGGGCUGCCCCGGCAGCGCCCUGCGCGCGGAGCCCGGCAGCCGCCGGGACUGUGCUGCGCCGGGAGAUGCCCAUCCCCUCCCGUAA